GGGUGGCGGUGCUAUAUAUAAGUAAAGGGAUAGUGUUUGUGGAGGAAGGAAAGAUCGCUUUCUGUCAGAUCCGAUCAACUUCCUCUGAGAGAGGGGGAGAGGUGAGAGGAGGAGGCCAGUUUCAUCAAUCCAUCUGUUGAAUUGGUUAUAAAUUACUAUAACAUACAGAGGUAAUUUGGCUGCUACAGUAGUAUUUUCUAUUUGAAAAACACUACUAGUAGUCGAUCAAAUUGAGUACUACUGACUCUUCCAAAUCAUUGCUGAAUUCAGUUGAUUGAUCUGAUUAAAAAAUAAAUAAAUAAAAGAAAGUGGCAAUCUUUCGACUUGGGGGGCUUGGGAGUACGGAUACGUACUCCUCUGAUUGUCAAUCAUCUCAUCAGGAAAAGAAGAAGAUCAAGGAGGAGGAGGAUAGGAUAGAAGUGCAUUAUUAUUAUUUAUCAUUUUUUUUCUCAAUAUACAUCGUCCCCUUAAUUAAUUAAAAGGGAGAAAAAAAGGAUUGGAAGAGCUGGAGUCGGUGCAAGGUAAUCAGGCAGCGGGCGGAAACGGUCAGAUCCGAUACCGGUCUCCAUCGGCCGCGGAGCUUUUGGAUGCGCAGACGCAGCAGCAGCAGCAGCAGCAACCGCUGGACAACAACAACGGCAGCUCCACUCCAAUGGAGAAGAUGCUAAAACGGAACAGGCAGCAGCAGCCUGAUUACUAUUAUCAUUCCCUUUUGGACAAGAUCCAGAGGUAUCGAGGUGUCUUCCUCGUCAUUUCCCUCCCUCUUCUUCUCGUCAUGUUUGUCCUCUUUCUAAUGCCUGCCCGCUCCCCUUCCGAUUCUCUCCCCCGCAAGUUCUCACCCAUGAAUGCCAAUGCCAACGCCCGCUCCUACGCUGUCAUCUUCGACGCUGGCAGCUCUGGCAGUCGGGUUCACGUCUUCUGCUUUGACUCCCACCUGGAUCUUGUCCCCAUCGGUAAAGAUCUUGAACUUUUCGAACAGAAAAAACCGGGUCUCAGUGCAUAUGCGAAUGACCCUGAAGCUGCUGCCAAUUCCUUACAGGAGCUUCUCCAGAAGGCCGAAGCUGUUGUUCCCCCAGAAUUGCGUCAAAAAACACCGGUCAGGGUUGGGGCAACUGCAGGUCUAAGGCAACUGGAAGGAGAUACCUCUGAUAGGAUUUUGCAAGCGGUUAGGGAUUUUUUAAAGAACAAAAGCAGCCUCACGUCAAAGGCAGAUUGGGUCACAGUUAUUGAUGGCAAUCAGGAAGGUGCUUAUCAGUGGGUGACCAUCAACUAUCUCUCGGGGAAAUUGGGAAAAAAACAUUCCCGUACUGUCGGCGUGGUCGAUCUUGGUGGUGGAUCUGUCCAAAUGGCUUAUGCUAUCUCAGAAUCAGAUGCUGCGAAGGCUCCAAAAUUACCAGAUGGAGAGGAUGCCUAUGUCCAGGAAAUGUAUCUGAAGGGGACAAAAUAUUACCUUUAUGUGCACAGUUACUUGCACUAUGGCUUACUAGCAGCUCGUGCUGAGAUAUUGAAGGCUGGUGUAGAAUCCAGUAAUCCAUGCAUCUUGGCAGGCUUUGAUGGGUCUUACAAAUAUGGAGGGAAAGAAUAUCCAUCAUCCGCUUCACCAUCUGGUUCCAGUUUGGAUGGAUGUAGGGAAGUAGCUCUUAAAGCUCUCAAAGUAAAUGAUUCAGCGUGCACCCACAUGAAAUGCACAUUUGGUGGGGUAUGGAAUGGUGGAGGUGGGGAUGGUCAAAAGAAUCUCUUUGUUGCAUCAUUUUUCUUCGACAGAGCUACUGAGGCUGGUUUUGUUGAUCCGCUUGCUCAUGUAGCAAAAGUUCAUCCAGUUGAUUUUGAGGAAGCUGCUAAGCGUGCUUGUCAAACCAGGCUUGAAGAUGCCAAAUCUACAUAUUCUCAUGUGGAGCCUGAUAACCUACCGUACUUGUGCAUGGAUCUUGUGUAUCAGUUCACCUUGCUUGUAGAUGGGUUUGGCCUUGAUCCUUGGCAGGAGAUUACUUUGGUGAAAAAGGUUGAGUACAAAAAUUCCUCAGUUGAAGCGGCGUGGCCACUUGGUAGCGCAAUAGAAGUUGUGUCAUCUUUGACAUAGCCACCGCAGAGAGUUGAUUGCAGCAGUUUGUGAUUCUCUUGCUUAAAUUUCAUCAUAAUGGGUGUCUACAGUUCAAAAUCGCUUUAUGCUUCUCGCUAGAAAUCCUUCCAUGACAAAAAUGAGAGCAAGUUUUGUAUUGACAUAUUGAAUAAUGACUACUACUUACCCAUUGAUGUAAUGUUUUCUGAUAGUGAAACAUGAGAAUCUGAUACACGACUUAUAAAGAAUGUGUAGUGGAAUAUUUUAGGGAAGGAAAAAAAAAAAAAAGAAACUAUUGAUCCUGAA